CCGGUGCCGGGGCUUGCACCUCUCGCGGAUGCAGCGCUCUUGGCUGGAGGCUUCGGUGCCCAGGAGUUGGCUGCCUGUGGAAAGUGACACUAAAGCCCAGUGUGUGGAGCAAUAAAUCAGGAUUUCACCCUUAUGUGCGCCCAUCAUCGACGCUCGGGCCUGGUUGGCAAUCCAAAUAGUGCUGGUUAGAGCCAGGCAUGGCUUGGACAGACUAUUUGCUUUUUGGACUCUGGAAGCUUCAGUGCAGCGGUGGGGCCCAGUGAAAAUCAGAAGUACACCUUAAAGCUGUUAAAACAUGGCCUCAAAAAGAGCCUUAGUGAUUCUGGCUAAAGGAGCAGAGGAGAUGGAAACGGUUAUCCCCACUGAUGUUAUGAGAAGGGCUGGAAUCAAGGUGACUAUUGCAGGUUUAACAGGAAAAGAUCCAGUGCAGUGUAGCCGAGAUGUCUUCAUUUGUCCUGAUGCCAGUCUAGAAGAUGCCAGAAAAGAGGGGCCUUAUGAUGUGGUGGUCCUGCCAGGUGGUAACCUAGGAGCUCAAAAUUUGUCAGAGUCUCCUGCAGUGAAAGACAUUUUAGUGGACCAGGAGAACAGAAAAGGCCUAAUUGCUGCUAUUUGUGCAGGUCCCACUGCCCUGAUGGCACAUGGGAUAGGGUUUGGGAGGAAAGUUACAACACACCCUUUGGCCAAAGAUAAAAUGAUGAAAGGAGAACACUACAAGUACUCUGAAAGCCGUGUGGAAAAGGACGGGAACUUUCUCACCAGCCGUGGUCCUGGCACCAGCUUUGAGUUUGGCCUGGCUAUUGUUGAAAUACUGAUGGGGAAGGAAGUGGCUGAUCAAGUGAAGGCUCCUCUUAUAUUGAAAGAUUAGUACAGAAAUCUUGAUGAAGGGAAGGAGAAGGAGAACACAAACUGAGAUGGAAAGUGUCUUGUUUCUCUUCUUAAGAAUAACCAAAAAGAGAUUUUAUGCAGAACAUAGAUCUGUGAGGUGAACUCAUUUAGCACAACAUUGAUGUGACUAGCAGUCACACUUAUAUUAGGAACUGGAAUAAUACACAGGCCAAUGGGUUUUGUUUUUAAAGAAGCUGACUUAAAUGGAUCUGGUAGCUAAUGAAACUUCUGCCCUAGAAAGAUCUGUGAAUGUAAACAAUUGUGUUAUCUGUUUAAUAGUUUUUGUUCAUCUGAUUCUGAAGCUUGUUUGCUUGCUUAAAUAAAAAGGAAAUCUGUUAAAAAGUG